GAAUAUAACUCUGAUGUAAAUGAUGUUUACUUUAGCUCCAACUCUUGCCCUGUUUUCUUAUGUUGGUUCAGAUCUUCGAAGAUUUUCUGUCUCUGUAUUUGGAAUGGCUGCUGCGAAAUAUCAAGCAUCCUCAUCUUCACGGUUUUCUCAUUGUAAAUAUCAAGUGUUCUUGAGUUUCAGAGGCCAAGACACUCGCAAGAAUUUUACUGAUCACCUCUACACAGCCCUUGUUCAAGCAGGGAUUCACACAUUUAGAGAUGAUGAUGAAAUUGGCAGAGGAGAGAACAUCGAAUCGGAGCUCCUGAAGGCAAUACAGCAAUCAAAAAUUGCGAUAAUCGUAUUCUCCAAAGACUAUGCUUCUUCGAGGUGGUGCCUUGAUGAACUUGUAAUGAUCAUGGAACGAAGGAGGACUGCAGACUGCAGAGUUUUUCCGGUAUUCUAUGAUGUGGAUCCAUCCCAAGUCAGAAAGCAAACAGGGAGCUUCGCCGCAGCAUUUGUGGAGCAUGAAAAGCGCUUCAAGGAGGAGAUGGAGAGGGUGAACGGGUGGAGGAUUGCUUUGAAGGAAGUGGCCGAUUUAGCUGGAAUGGUUUUAGGAGAUGGAUACGAGGCACUGCUUGUCCAAUGUAUUGUGGAGAAGGUCUCAAAGAACUUGGAUCGAAAAAUAUUUCAUGUACCCCUUCAUUUCAUUGGAAGAGACCCUCUAGUAAAUUAUAUCAACUCAUGGUUGCAAGAUGAGUCCCAUGAUGCUGCCACUGCUAUGCUCUACGGAAUUGGUGGAGUUGGGAAGACAGCUAUAGCAAAGAGUGUUUUUAAUCAGAACUUUCGUAAAUUUGAAUGCAGGAGCUAUCUAUCAAAUGUUAGAGAAAUCUCAAAAGAAUCCAAAGGUGUAGUUUGCCUACAGAGGCAACUUCUUUCUGAUAUCCUAAACCAAACUGUUGAUGAGAUACAUGAUGUUGAUGAAGGAAUUUUAAAGAUUAAGGAUGCCUUGUGUUGCAGAAGAACUCUUAUUGUUCUUGAUGAUGUGGACAAUAGGGACCAAUUCAAUGCAAUCAUAGGCAUGCAAGAAUGGCUUUGUAAAGGAUGUAAAAUCAUUGUAACAACUAGAAAUAAGGGUCUAAUUGCAGCUAAUGAUGAGUUUGUCAAGUGCAAAGUUGAACCUCUAGACAACAAAAAAUCACUCGAGCUUUUCAGUUGGCAUGCCUUUGGACAAGCUUACCCUGUUGAAGGUUUUGUGGAGGACUCUUGGAGAAUAGUGCAUCAUUGUAAUGGACUUCCAUUAGCCCUUCGUGUUAUUGGUUCUUCAUUGUCAGGGAAAGGAAGAAAAUUAUGGGGAAGCGCAUUACAGGAAUUGGCAGUGAUUCCUAAUUGUGAAGUUCAAAAUGUUCUUGAAAUAAGUUACCACUCUCUAGAUGAUGAUUAUCAAAAAAACUUAUUCCUUGAUAUUGCUUGUUUCUUCAAUGGAAUGGAUGUGGAUUAUGCAGUUACGAUACUAGAUGGGCUCGGUAUAGGUGCAAGAUUUAGGAUUGACAAACUUAUCGAUAGAUGCCUUGUAGUAAUCAACAGUGAUGAAAGGUUGUGCAUGCAUCAACUUGUAAGAGAUAUGGGAAGGGAAAUUGCUCGACAAGAAUCACCCAAAUGUCAAAGGACAUGGCUUCACGAGGAUGCUUUUAGAGUAUUGAAUGGAACUAAUGAUGCUGAAAAAUUGCGUGGCCUUACCCUGGAUAUGCAUGCAUUAAUGGAAGAUGAUUAUGCAGAAGUUGCUUGUACCAGUUCAAUGGUUCGCAGCAAGAGGCGCAGGCUCAAUUUCUUUCAACAAUGGCUUUCUGACUUUCGUAAUGGGGGGAAAUUACAAACUGACCAAACAAGUUUGUUUCCCAUCCUCAGCACGGAUACUUUUAGAACGAUGUCAGAUGUAAAAUUUCUCCAACUAAACUACACUAAUUUUCAUGGAAGUUUUGAGCACUUUCCCAAGAAUUUGAUAUGGUUAUGCUGGCAUGGAUUCUUUUGGAGAUCCAUACCAAAUCACGUAUGCUUGGAGAAGCUGGUGGUUCUUGAUCUAUCCAGAAGCUCUCUAGUUGAUGCUUGGAAAGGCAAACCAUUUCUUCCAAAAUUGAAAAUUCUUGAUCUCCGACACUCUCUUGAUCUCAUUAGAACCCCAGACUUCUCGAGUCUCCCAGCCCUUGAAAAGCUAAUACUUGAAGAUUGCAUCUGUUUGGUUCAAAUUCACGAAUCUAUUGGUGAUUUACAAAGACUGUUGAUCUUAAAUCUAAGAAAUUGUACAAGUCUUAUGGAGCUUCCAGAAGAUAUGAGUAGAUUGAAUUCACUUCAAGAGCUGGUUUUAGAUGGUUGCUCAAAUCUUGUCAGCCUGAUGAAUAUGGAGUUAGAGCAUCAUCAGGGGCGCAGCUUGCUUCAAAGCGAUGGAAUUGUUGCAAGUACAUCAUACAUUACAUCUCUUCCAUUGAAGCUAUUCUUUCCCUCUAGGUUUUCAGCGAUGAAAAUGUUGAGAUUUACCUCGUUUUCACUGCCACGCUCCUUGGAGAGACUAGAUUUAAGUGGAACUCCAAUUCGUGCUCUUCCAGAAAGCAUCAAGGAUCUUGGUCUGCUUAGACACCUAUAUUUAAGAAAUUGCAAAAUGCUUCAGGCACUCCCAGAGCUUCCAUCCCAUUUGUGGUCGUUAGAUGUGUCCUUUUGCUAUUUACUGCAAAGAUUUUCAAAUCUAAACCCUUGGACUGUAGCAAAUGGUUGUGAACAAUUUGUCGAGUUCCAAGAUUGGAUGAAGCAAGAAUCAAUCCAAAAGUUUGACUCACACAUGUUCAGAAUAGUAGAAAUGAUAACAUUUAUACAUGGCUCAUUCAACGUUGUCGCAUAUGGAUUUGAUGAAGAUGAGGAGUUAAGGGGGUUUUACGAGGAAGAAGAAGAGGAUAAAUGGCUAAUUCAGAAUGAGUUUGUAGACAACUUUUCAUUCAAAAUAUCCUCACCUCCUCCUGCGCACCGGAUAUGUGGCUUUAAUCUGUUCACAAGGUUUUAUAUGACGUCAGAGUACAGUCGCUUUGAACCUUUUCAUUUUAUAAUCAGAAACAAUACCAGUGGUCGAUCCUUGCGCUGUCACGCCCCUGUCUACCAUUCGAGUUACGGGCGUGAUGUUCGUGAAUUCCAAUUGCUAAGCCACUGGAAAUUAGGGGUCGAUGGUCCUACAUUUGAUAAUGGUGAUGACGUGAGUAUUUCAGUGCUUCCACAUGAUCCACCUGUUCAAACAAGGACUGUUGGUGUACAAUGGUUGUAUGAAGAGGAAGGAAAGGAUGAUGAUAUCCAAUCAAAGGAUGAAGUUAUCAAUACACACAACAGUAGCGAUGAUGAUGAUGAUGAUGAUGAUGCAGCACACCUAGCCAAAGUAGAAAUAGCUUCUCGUAUUUUUAGAAAUUAUUAUUGUGCUUCCCGUGGUUUUUUAUUUGGUGGCAAUUUCACUUGGUGGUAUUUUGCAAAGAAAGGUCUGGGAAUUGUAUUAUUUUAGGUUUGUUUUUUUAGACAAAAUGAACAAGUAUUGAAGAUAGUUUUGUAUAUUCAGGAGUCUUUCUCCUUUAUGUGUGUAGGGUGAGACUUUUUAUUUUAAAA